CGGCGUCCGAAUUCAGAACCGGAUUUUUUUUUUUUUUUACGGUCUUUCUUUGCGUUAUUCCCGCAAAAGUCUGGUUUGAAUUCACCAGUGUUUGAGAAUUGUGUAAGUUAUAAUCUCUUGUUUUGCGAGUGAUGGUGAUAACGCGAAAUACAAGAACGCAUUCCUAACGUUAAUAGUACGUAGGCCAUAACAGCCUAAAGGCAGAGCAACUAGUAGCUGCUAGCAGUCCGUCCGACGUUAGGCCUACCUGACCAGUUUUCUCCUUACCUGCACGGGACUAUCGGCCGGUGCCGCCGUUUCAUAGGAUUUACACUUGAAAAAUGUCUCUCUUUUCACAGGGAUAUGAAAUGAAAUUGGUUUGAUGCUGCCAUAACCCAGAUCAACAUGAAGAUAACGGUAUAUGCACUCAUUAUUUACCAAGAAAAAAAGACAGAAUGUAAGAAGAGUGCAUUUCCGGCCUGCAUGAAGGUUUCUGAAUUUCAUUAAAUUUUUGAGCAGGAAAAGCUCGGAUGAGUGUAUGACUAUGGCAUUCAUGGAGAGAUGGCGAACCAAUUUAUUAUUAAGGAUAACAUUUGUAUUACUUUUAUCGCGCUGCAGAAUAGUCUUAACCGAAUAUUUACAAGAAUUUGAAAUAUCAGAAGGUCUUGGUGUUGGGACAACCAUUGGCUACAUCGGCCAGAGCCGGCCUGCAAGUCCUAAACCACCACCUCCACCUCCAUAUUUAAUAGUCCCUGUACCAGGGAGUGCAGUUGAUUCUGAUCUGUUUAUUGACCAAUCAACUGGUGAAAUACGUAGUAGUAUUGUGCUUGAUCGAGAAGAAAGAAGUUACUAUUCUUUUGUUGCGAUUCCUCUUAGCGGUGAAAAUAUACGAGUUGAAAUAAAAGUUCGCGAUGAGAACGAUAAUGCACCAACAUUUCCAACUUCUUUUAUGAUGAUUGAAUUCCCUGAGAAUACUCCUAGGGAUAUGAAGCGCACUCUCAAUCCUGCAAGGGAUCGUGAUCUUGGCAUUUUUAACACCCAACGAUAUGAAAUAGUCUCCGGAAAUACGAAUAACGCUUUUCGGCUCUCUUCACAUAGAGAACGAGACGACGUUCUCUAUUUAGACUUACAGAUCAACGGUUUCUUAGAUCGCGAAACAACUCCGUUUUACAGCCUUGUCAUUGAAGCCUACGAUGGUGGAACACCUCCCCUCAAAGGUUCGAUGACUGUAAAUAUAACAAUUCAAGAUGUAAACGAUAAUCAACCAAUUUUCAAUCAAAGUCGUUAUUUUGCGACUAUCGCUGAGAAUGCUACAGUUGGAAGUAGUGUUCUACGUGUUUUUGCUACCGACACGGAUACUGGAGAAAAUGGGAGAAUUACGUAUUCCAUCAAUCGUCGACAAAGCGAUAGAGAAAAUAAGUUCACCAUCGAUCCAAAAAUGGGUGUCAUCUCGGUAAAUAAACCAUUAGAUUUUGAGUCGAAAGAUGUGCAUGAAUUGGUAGUUGUGGCUCGAGAUAGUGGUGUUCAGCCCUUAGAAACUACCGCUUUUGUUUCUAUUAGAGUAACCGAUGUAAAUGAUAAUCAGCCGACUAUCAAUUUGAUCUUUCUGAGUGAAGAUGCAUCUCCUAAAAUAUCAGAGGAUGCACGACCAGGUGAAUUUGUUGCGAGGAUAAGUGUUAACGAUCCGGAUUCGAAAGAAGAGUAUGCCAAUGUAAAUGUCACCCUUCAAGGUGGCGAUGGAUAUUUUGGAUUAACUACACAAGAUAAUAUUAUAUAUUUGGUCAUCGUAUCUCAUCCUCUAGAUAGAGAAGUCAAACCUAACUAUACCAUGGUUGUUACCGCCACUGACCAGGGUAAUCCUCCACUGAAUACAUCUCGUACCUUUGAGCUUUGUGUAACGGAUACGAACGACAAUGCUCCGGAAUUCGAUCAUACUAUGUAUUACGCUAAUGUUCUAGAAGUUGCUGAUCCCGGCACAUCAGUUUUCCAACUAUCUGCUGUGGAUCGGGACGAAGGAAACAACUCUAUUGUCUCUUACUCUAUCAAAGAUACGCCAGAAACCAAUUCACAUUGGUUUCAGAUAGACAGUCGAACGGGCCUCAUCACGACUCGCAUACACAUCGAUUGCGAAACAAAUCCGAUUCCUCAGAUCAUUGUAGUAGCUACAGACAACGGUAUACCUCCACUUUCAUCGAGUGCCACGAUUGUGGUGACCAUUAGUGAUGUAAAUGAUAAUGAACCAAUCUUCGAUCAGAGUUUCUAUAAUGUGUCAGUAGCUGAAAAUGAAAAUGUUGGGACUUGCUUUCUGAAGGUAUCGGCCACAGACCCUGAUUGUGGAGUGAACGCGAUGGUCAAUUAUACGUUUGCGAAGGGUAUGAUGUCUUUGCAAGAUUUGACACUGCAGCAAGUGAGUGGAGACUUGUGCAUAGCGAGACCUUUGGAUCACGAAACGCGGAGUUCCUAUGAGAUUCCGAUAUUAGCGACGGAUAGAGGAGGAUUGAGCACUACAGCAGUCGUCAAAGUCCAGGUGUUGGAUGUGAACGAUAAUCGACCAGUGUUUUAUCCAUUGGAAUAUAACGUCAGUCUGCCAGAAGGAGAAGUCGUCUCUUCAGCCAUUGUGGUCAUUGUUGCAACAGAUGAAGAUUCGGGACAUUUUGGAGAAAUAUAUUAUGAAAUUAUUGCAGGAAAUGACUUAGGAUUAUUUCAAAUGGAUCACCGGACAGGAGAGAUAUUUGUUCUGCGGCCUCUGAGUACAGAGCAUCCAUUACACCACUUAAUAAUAACUGUGAAAGAUGGCGGAGGAUUAGAAGCGACUGCUAAAGCCCAUGUAUAUAUCAGUGUAAUCAGUUCCGAUCAGCAACCGCCCGUCUUUCAGAAGACUCGCUAUACGUUCUUCGUACAAGAAGAUGCAGCUCCCCAGUCAGUAGUCGGAACAGUUGUAGCAACAAGUCGAGAUCCAAGAGCUGGUCCUGUACGGUACAUAAUAUACUCUGGAGAUCCAGAAGGCUUCUUCACUAUAGAUCCUUUAUCAGGGACUAUCAAAACUAAAGGGAGACUUGAUCAUGAGACUCAUCCUUUCCUUCUUCUAAAUAUCCAAGCAACAAGUGGAAGGCCACCAAUAUAUGGUCAUACUCAGGUUAAUGUCACGAUAUGGGAUGUGAAUGAUAAUGCUCCUCGCUUUUCAAGCAACUCUCUGAAAAUCAGCGUCCCUGAAAACGCUGAUUUGAGAACUCCCAUAUAUGUUGUCCAUGCUGAAGAUCCCGACAGUAACCGAAAUGGUGAAGUGCAGUACAUUCUUCUAGACAAUCCUGAUAACAUGUUCGUUGUUGGAGAAAGAUCUGGAAGUAUAAUGUUACAACACAUGCUUGAUUAUGAACUUCGUCGUCAUUACAUUUUGAUUUUGAGUGCUAUUGAUUCUGGAAGUCCACAGCUAUCGUCUAAUGUGACUUUGAUGGUCGAAGUACAAGAUGUUAAUGAUAAUGCUCCAACAUUUGAAAAGAGCGAAUACAAAGUCAAUGUUUUAGAAUCCUUAUCCGUUAAUUCCCAAUUUCUCCAAGUUACAGCUACAGAUAUGGACACUGGAAACAAUGCUCGGUUGACUUAUAAAUUAAUUGCAAACAAUGAAGAAUCCACUUCAAAAUUUGGUAUAUUCCCCAAUAGUGGAUUUCUUUAUCUAAAAGAGACUCUAGAUCGUGAGGCCAUCGAUUCAUAUGCUCUGACAGUUUCAGCUUCUGAUAAUGGAAGUCCAUCAUUAUCAUCUACAACUAUUGUGAUCGUCCAAGUUCUGGAUGCCAACGAUAAUGAUCCAGAAUUCAUUGAAGAUACGUUUACAUUCAGUGUUUUCGAAAAUAUUGAUCAGGGUCAGCAUGUGGGAACGAUUUCAGCCGGCGAUAGAGAUCUUGGAAAUAAUGCUUCGUUAAGGUACAGUCUACUAAACUCGAAUGGGAGUUUUCAGAUCAACCCAGUAACAGGUGAAAUAUUUACAAAAAUGACUCUAGACCGUGAAAGCCGUUCUAAAUAUGAGCUGACGGCUGAAGUUAGAGACCAGGGCACACCGUAUCGCUCUGACCAAGCAGUUGUUAACAUUCAAGUUCUGGACAGAAAUGAUAAUUCUCCUAUUUUUGUGGAACCUGUGGAAUCGAUUGUUGAAGUUUUGGAAGAGCAGCCACUAGGUACAGAAGUUGUUCAAGUUGUAGCUGAAGAUGCGGAUGAGGAUGAAAAUGGAGCUAUCGUGUACGAAAUUAUCCAAGGCAAAGAAAAUACUGAUGGAGCAGAUGUUUUUAGCAUUGAUUCCAGUACAGGUAUCGUAAGAACUAGAAGACUUCUUGAUCACGAGGAUCAAAAAAUGUAUACUGUAACUGUUCUUGCUCGUGAUAAAGGCACACCUCAACGCAUGAGUGAGUUGAAGCUGCAGAUACAAGUAUUAGACCUGAACGACAACCAGCCGGUAUUUCCUUCCUCCAGUCUGUCUUUCAAAAUAAAAGAAGGUGUUGCAGUUGGACAGGAAGUUGGCGUCAUUCAAGCUGUAGAUGAAGAUGGAGGAGAAAACGGCCGUGUAAUGUACUCAAUAGUUGGAGGGAAUCUAUAUGACAUAUUUGAUAUAGUUCGUAGCACUGGAAGCCUAUACACAAUUGCUGAAGUGGAUUACGAGAAGGCUUCUGAAUACCAUUUGCAAAUAAAGGCUGUUGAUAAUAGUGCUGUUAAUCCUCAUAGUAGCGUGAUAAGUGUCAAAAUUGAAGUGGAUGAUGUCAAUGAUUGCGCUCCUGUUUUUAAAAAUGAUCCUAUUCUGUUUUCAAUACCAGAAAAUACUCCACAAGGUACUCUGGUGUGGAAUUUUAGUGCUACGGAUUUAGACAGUGGAAUAAAUGGCCAGGUUACUUAUUUUAUUGCACAGCAAUCUCCAGCGUCCGUUUUUCAGAUUGAUCGGAAAACUGGAGCUCUCACCCUAACAGAAACAUUAGAUUAUGAAGAAUAUCAAGAAUACACAAUUGUGGUGACUGCAUCUGAUCAAGCCCGAGAUGUAAAACAGCGAUUAGCUACAAGUGUGACAUGUAAAAUCAUUAUUGAAGAUAAGAACGAUAAUACUCCUGUAUUUCAAACAAAGAGCAAAAUAAAUGUUUUGGAAAGUGAGCCCAUAAACUAUCCAGUUCUUCACGUUAUUGCACUUGAUAAAGAUUCAAGGGAUAAUGGCAGAGUCACCUAUGUUAUAUCGCAAGGAAACGAAAGAGGCCAUUUUUCAUUAAAUUAUGAUACAGGUCUGUUGUCUGUGGCGAAAACCUUGGACCGAGAAGAAAUUCAACAUUAUGAGCUCAAUAUAACAGCUAGUGAUCAUGGUAGACCUCCCAAAACAAGCUAUCAGAUACUUCAUAUAUACAUAGAAGAUGUCAAUGACAAUCCACCUAAUUUCAAGCAGCACUUAUAUCAAGCUAAUGUUUCUGAAGCAGCCCCCAAAGGAACCUUCGUUUUAAAAGUAGAUGCUACAGACAUUGAUCUAGAUGAAAAUGGAAAGCUCAUGUAUUCAAUUCCUAAUGGUGUGGCAGAAAACAGAUUUACAAUCAAUCCUCAAACUGGGGAGAUUCAUACAGCAUCACUUUUAGACCGAGAACAUCAAGCAUCGUAUUUCGUUACUGUUUAUGUCAAAGAUGGAGCAUUUCCUUCAAAGCAUGAUACCACUACUGUUAAGAUCGAUCUUUUAGAUGUAAAUGAUCACGCUCCUGAGUUUGGUGAUUCUUGUUAUACUCUACGCGUACCUGAAAAUAGUGAUCUCAGUGUUAUCCAUACACUAGUUGCUACUGAUAAAGAUACAAAUGCUAAUGCUGAAGUAACAUACACUAUAACUGAUGGUAACACAGGAAAUAAGUUCAGUAUCGAUUUGCAUACGGGUCAAUUAUCUAGUCGCCCAUUAGAUCGAGAACAAGUGAAACAGUACAGACUCGUUGUAUCUGCUCAUGACCAAGGAGAACCUCCUCUAGCUGGAAUGUGUAAUGUAACAGUUAUAGUACUUGAUCAAAAUGAUAAUGACCCCCAAUUUGACCACAACGAGUACAGUGCCACAAUUGCUGAAGAUGCACCAAUAAAUAGUACAGUAAUUAUAGUAAAAGCGCAAGAUCCAGACGAUGGAGUCAAUAGUGAAAUAACCUAUUCUUUAAGCAAUGAAACUAAGUCCCUUUUCCGUAUAGACAGCGCCACAGGAGCUAUAACAACAACUGGCUUCUUCGACAGAGAAAAGAAGGCAUCUUAUGUGUUUGAAGUGCGUGCCACAGACGGGGGACGUUAUGAUGCUCGCUCCGAAAAAACUAUUGUUCAAGUCACUGUAGCUGAUAUUAAUGAUAACAGACCAAUAUUUAGCCAGUACCCAUUUAUAACAUCUGUUUCUGCGCAUGCUGCUCCUGGUACUCAGUUGAUCCAAUUAGAAGCCGAAGAUGAUGAUGAAGGACCAAAUGGAGAAGUUUUAUACAGCUUUACAAGUCCGUACCUGAGUGAUCGUUUCCACCUGGAUGCUGAGACAGGCGUUGUUACUGUUGCUGGUAGUUUAUUAGCUGAUGCUGGGUAUGUAUUUCAUUGUGAAAUAGAAGCAAGAGAUAAAGGCCAUCCUUCAAGAAUAGCGAGAGGUGUUGUUGAAAUCCACGUCGGCGAAGAUUUUACAUUCAAUAACCGCCUUCAUUUCCAAAAUGAUACAUAUAUUGUUGAUGUCCGAGAAAACACGCCACCUGGUAAAGAAAUUAUUCAGGUCAAAGCUAUCCCGCCAUCUGGCGUACCAACAGUAAUUACAUAUUCGAUUAAAAGUGGAAAUGAAGAAAAUGCUGUUGAUAUUGAUCCACGAACAGGAAUUGUUACUAUUCGCAACUCUCAUUAUCUUGAUUAUGAAGUGACAAGACAAAUAAGAAUGCUUGUAGUGGCUCACAGCGAUGGUAGAUUGCCUCUACAUGGAUAUGCAACUCUAAUCGUCAGACUCGCCGAUCAGAAUGAUAAUUCUCCAACAUUUUCUCAGGAACAUUAUGUUUCAUCUGUUUGGGAAGGAAAUAAUAAAGGAACAUUUGUAACUCAGGUUACAGCAUCGGAUGAUGAUCAAAAUGGAAAUGGAAUUAUUGUGUACCACAUAAUUGAAGGCAAUCAUGAUAACGCCUUUAUUAUCGACCCACCUUUCAGUGGAAUUGUGAAAACCAACAUUGUUCUGGACAGGGAAAUCAGAGACACUUACCAUCUUACAAUCAUAGCAACAGAUGACGGCACUCCUCAGUUAACAGGAACUUGCACACUUCGAAUCAGCAUUAUUGAUGUGAAUGAUAAUCAGCCUGUAUUCCCCCCGCACAGUAUAGUGAGCAUUAGUGAAGGUGCCGAGGUGGGAACUGUCAUCACCACAAUUACUGCUAAUGAUGUCGACACUAAUCCAGCUCUGAUAUACAGCUUUGCUGAUGGUGGUAAUCCUAAUAACUUAUUCAGCAUAGAUAGAUUCAGUGGACGUAUCACUCUAGCGCAGCCUCUGGAUCAUGAAAAACGAAAUCAGUAUCUUAUACAGAUUUAUGCGUCAGAUUCGUCUCACUUGGCUGAAACUUCUCUAACAGUUCGAGUUACUGAUGUUAACGAUAAUCCUCCCGUAUUUAGUAAACAACCUUAUCAGGUGACAGUGCCCGAGUUGGUGGAUCCAGGCUAUCGGGUUAUAACAGUCAAUGCCACAGAUUUAGAUUCAGGAAUGAAUGCUCAGUUGCGUUACAGUAUGAGUGCAUCUGCAGUGGAUGGCUUUUAUAUUGACGAAAAUACAGGUACUAUUUAUACAAACAAGUCGUUAUCCUUUGAUCCGAGACAGCAUACCAUCCAGCUAAUAGUGACAGCAGUAGAUAAAGGGCAACCGCCAAUGACAGCUGUAGCGGCUGUCCAUAUUCAAGUGGUUGAUGUAAACAAUAAUGCACCAAAAUUCUCCAGCCCUUCUUAUACGAGCAACGUUUUAGAAGAUGCACCAAAAGGCUAUACAAUAUUAACAGUUUCUGCUACUGAUCAUGAUAAAUCGUAUUCAAAUCACAAUAUUGACUACAGAAUUACUGAAGGCAAUGUUGGAGAGGCAUUUGCUAUUGCUGGUACGACAGGCGAUAUCAUACUGAUGAAGUCCUUAGACAGAGAGGAAAGAGCAAGCUAUGUGUUAAAGGUUGUUGCAGCUGACAGAGGUAGUCCUUCACUCAAUUCUUCGACUGAAGUUCAUGUGUUUGUGGAAGAUGCAAAUGAUAAUCCACCAGUAUUCAACCAAACCCAUUACUUGGCAUUUGUGUCGGAAAUGGCAGCAAUCGAUACCAAAGUUCUUCAGGUUGUUGCAAAAGAUAUAGAUGAAGGUGUCCAUUCAAAAGUAAUUUAUGAUAUUACGUCUGGUAAUGAGGACCAGAAAUUCAGUUUAAAUGCUAACACAGGGAUUAUUACAAUAAGAGAAAGACUGGAUUAUGAUACAGUCUCGGAAUACAAGUUUAUUGUAAGAGCUACUGAUAGCGAUCCGAAUAGACCACUUUCAGCAUUGGCGAGUGUUGUUAUAAAAGUUCAAGACGAAAACGACAACGCACCUCAUUUCCCACUUACUAUGUAUAGAGAAGCAAUAGAGGAAAAUUCGCCUGUUGGUACUCCAGUGUUUAUGGCUCAUGCUAUCGAUGGUGACCGUGGAUUUUAUGGAAAACUUAAUUAUUCAGUAACGGAAGGAGAAGGAAAAGAAAAGUUCAGAGUUGAUGCAGAAACAGGAUUAAUCAGUUCCUUGGUUAUAUUUGAUUACGAAUCCAAAAAUCGUUAUUUUUUUACAUUGAUGGCUAUGGAUUCUGGAGGAAAGUAUGCAACUGUUCAAGUACAAGUCGACAUUGAAAGUAAAGAUGAAUAUCCACCAGAAUUUAGUCAAAAUUCUUAUCAUUACACCAUACCAGGUGAUGCUUCCGUUGGGUACUUAGUAGGAAAUGUUCAUGCAUCUGAUCUAGAUGAAGGUAUUGACGGAAGAGUUGUUUAUCAGCUCAGAAAUUCACAAUCAAAUUUUGCAAUUAAUGGUUCUACUGGAGCUAUUACUGUAAAAUCAAUGUUCCACAGAGAAGUAACUAGUAGAUUAAGACGAGAACUACGAAACCAAGAAUUGUCAUUGUAUGUGUUAGCCAGCAGUGGUCGUCCUAACUCACUAAGUAGCUCUGUUGUUGUUGAUGUUUUAGUUGAUUUUUCUCUUAAUUCAUCUCGUCUUAGUGCAACUGAACAGAAACUUGGUAGCAGUCUUCCAGCCUGGGGAUUGGGUUUGGUGAUUGCUUUAUCACUGCUGGCAUUGGUUUUACUUGGAAUGAUAUUCUUCCUUCGUAAAAGAACAAAAAGAAGCAGCAAACCAGCUGUUGUGCAAGGCUUUGAUAAUUCAUUUGAUACAAUAGACAUUCAUCAUCCUCCAUCCAGCUCUGCAAGCAUUUCUCAGUUCCCGCCACAUUACAGUGAUAUAUCUCAUUUUGAUCCUCCUGAAAGUUCACAACAUGUUACAGGAGCUACCUCAGAAGUAUCUGAUCAAUCUCAUUCCGCAUCCAGCGGUCGUGGUUCUGCCGAAGAAGGCGAAGAUGUUGAAGAUGAGGAAAUUCGUAUGAUAAACGAAGGACCUCUUUUGCAGCAACAAAAACUUCAGAGGCUUGGUUUACCAGACUCUGGUCCUCAUAGAGACGAUGAUAACAUGUCCGACAUAUCUGUUCACAACACACAAGAAUAUCUUGCACGGCUUGGUAUUAAUACUUCACAUUCGGAUCAAAGGAGCAUACAAGACUAUAGUAAAAUUUCGAAUUCUCGAAGUGUUGAGAGUAUGCACAUGUUUGAUGAAGAAGGUGGGGGUGAAGGUGAUGGAAUGGACCUUGGUAAUUUAAUUUACUCUAAACUUCAUGAAGUUGGAACUGAAGAAAAUGAAGCGAUAAUGGAUGGAACGAGAGGCUUUGGUUUUGGAGACGAAGGGGAGCCUUCUAUGACAGGUUCGCUUAGUUCAAUUGUCCAUAGUGAAGAAGAACUAACUGGUAGUUACAAUUGGGAUUAUUUGCUUGAUUGGGGUCCACAAUAUCAACCGCUUGCUCAUGUUUUUGCUGAAAUAGCAAGAUUGAAAGAUGAUAGUGUGCCAUCUUCCUAUGCAUCGAAUGCCCCAAAGACUCUGAACCCUCAAGUAAAAACCGUUCCACCACCACUAAUAACUAAUGUGGCACCUCGUUCUAUAGCACCUGUUGCUUUAAGCUCUGGACAUACUAGUCAGGUUGCAUCCUUUCCUACAUUACCUCGUUCUCCUAUUGGUUAUGAUAGUACUUUUUCUUCCCCAGCUAUGUCACCUAGUUUUUCACCAGCGUUAUCACCAUUAGCAACAAGGUCGCCUUCGAUUUCACCACUUGUAUCGCCGAAUGGAAGUAGCUCAAAUUCAAUACAGUUAUUGGGACCUAAUGCACCGCAUUUGACCAGACCUCAACGUUCAGCACAUGGUAAUGUUGCAUCUUCAGGAUCUGAAACAGAACUUCAAAUUUGACAAAGAGCUUCUAAUAUCUUUUCGUAAAUAAACUUAUUUAUUGCAGUGAUUUCUAGUGUAUAUAUUCUCAGUCAAUAUUUUGCUGUAAUAUAAACAGUGAUAAAGAGCUUUACCCUUUUAACGAAAUCUGAAAAAUAACGUGUAUCUAUAAAUCUGUAGAAUAUGCUUUAUUAUGAUGUUGAAUUGAUUCAUUCAAGUUCGACUAAUAAUAUGUUUUGGAUUAAAGCGAAGUACUGUAUUUCAAAUUGUUCCAAGAAAUUUAAUAGUUUUCCUAAUAUUAAAAAGAUAUAGCGAAUAAUUAUUAACAUGAGCAAAAAUCUGUGACAAACAAAAUAUACCCAAAACAAUGUUGCUGGAUAUUAGCCAUUUCUCUUUGCUGUUGUAUUUUAAUUAGUGGAUAUAAUUUACAUUUGUUCGCUAUGUAAAUAAUGUAUAGUUAUUUCUGUUUGUAAAUAUAUAAUUUUUCCAAUGUGUAUAUUUGUAAAUUGAAAGAGAGGCCAAAAUUCCAAAGAUUUACGUACAUCUUUAGUUUUGUGUUUUUUGAAUGGAGAGUGAUAAGUGUCAAAAGUUAUGUUUUGCCCUUUUUCAAGGAUGUGUCUUCGUUAAGAGUUGUAGAAACAUUUUGAAAAAAGAUGCAAUUGUCAAUGCUCUUUUUUAAAAAAUUAUGUAUCAAAACAACUAUACAAUUCUCUUAAAAUAGCAAAUUAUUUCAGAAUGUAUGCAAGGCAAAUUUUUAAACAUAUGUUUUUAUAUUAAAAUAAUUAGGUACAAUUUUUUCCUGGCUGAAAAAAUGAAGUUAAAAAUAGUAGUGACUUAAACUGUUCCAUUUAUCAAAAGGUUCAUUCAGUCGGAUUUAGUUUCCCUAAAUAUAUAAGCAAUUGCAUUAUCUAUUUAAAAAUUAAUAGUAAUUAUCAUUCUGGUAAAAAAAAAUAAAUUGGAACUGCAGUAUCAAUGUUGCACAAUAUGUUAAUUCAUAUGCUAAAUAACAAGGCCGUGUUAUGAAAAUUAAAAGAUUUUUAAAGCAGCGCUUAAUCGAAAUUCGUUUCAAAUAAUUUAUUUUAUACCAAAACUUUUGAUUCCCUGCUAAAGUUUUUGUAAGAUUAUAAAUAUUAGAGAGUAAAAAAAAAUAGUUGAAAAUUUUUUAUGUAGUUUUAUUUAUUUUUUUAAAUUUCCAUUAUCUGUUUCGAAAUUAUUUUACUAGUGACAUUUUAAACUCAUGGGAAAAUUGAUUGCUUGUUAAAUGUAGUCAUUUGUAAUGAAAUGUUCUUACGAAUUGAUAAAUGUUAUAUUUAUCUGAA